AUGUCAGUAAGAUCAUACUUAAUCAAUCUAAAAAAUGCAAUCAAUCAAAAAACAAUAAAAUUACCAUACACAUUUGUAACUGGUAAUCAAUCAGCAGAUGUGGAUUCAGUUAUAUCAUCGAUUACUUAUGCUUAUCUCACGCACAAUUUAAAAACUCCACAACAAUAUAUUAUCCCAUUAAUUAACGUACCGAAAGCUGAUUUAAAAUUACGUAGAGAUAUCAUAAGAGUAUUAGAAACAUAUCAUAAUAUAACUGAAGAUCUUUUAUACUUUGUUGAAGAUUUUGAUAAUUUCAUUAGUGAAUCCAUCAAUAGUAAAGUUUUACAAAAGACGGAAUUAUCAUUGGUUGAUCAUAAUGGAUUACAAGGUGUUGAAAUAAAUAAAAGUUAUGAUGAAGGAUAUUUGAAAGUUGUUGGAAUUAUAGAUCAUCAUGCAGAUGAAGGAAAAUUUUUAAACGCAAGCCCAAGAAUUAUUAGAUCUUGUGGGUCUAAUUCAAGUUUAGUUUUCCAAUAUUUUUACAAUCUCAAACAAAAUAAUGAACAAUUUUGGGUAGACAAUAAAGAUGUAAUUGAAUUAUUAAUAGCUCCUUUAUUGAUUGACACAAGUAAUAUGACUCAAAAAGUAGAAGAACCAGAUUUAGAAGUAUUUGAUAUAUACAAAAAAAUAUUAAGUGUGACUAAAUCACAAAUUAUCGCAAGUCAAAUCCCCACCCAAUCAAAUACAAAUCAAGUUGAUUUGUUUUAUAAAGAGAUCAAGAAAGCCAAGAAAGAUUUAUCAGGUUUUGCAUUUAUAGAUAUUUUAAGAAAAGAUUACAAACAAUUUAAAUUUUUAAAGGGUGAUAAUAUUGGUUUCAGUUCUAUAGGAAAGCCAUUGAAAUGGGUAGUUGAGAGUUAUACCAAAGAAGAAAUUUUAAAAACUUUAAGUGAUUCAUUAAAAUUAAAUCGUAUUGACUUGCUAGUUAUCACUUCAUCAUAUACUGUAAAAGAUACUAAUGAAUAUAGAAGAGAGUUUUGUUACUACUAUGAAGGUAUUAACGCAGUUUACGAGAUAUUGGAUGAUUUGGUGGAAACUCAAUUGAGUUUGAACAAUCAAGUAUAUGGAGGUGAUGAAAUUGAUCCUGUUUUGGAAUAUGUUAACUCAGCUAGUAUUGAUAAUGUCGGGCAUUUCAAAAUUUACAACCAAGUUAAUAUUCACGCUUCGAGAAAGCAAGUAGUACCUAUUGUGAAAGAAGCUCUUGAGAAAUGA